AUGUUCAAGAGUCCUUUCGCCAACCCUUUUGGCGGAGCCAGCGACGCACCGCCAGCUGGGGGUAACGCCAUCCAUCGUGUUAUCGAAGAGGAGGAGAACGAUACCGUCACCUCCCCCACGUCACCGAACUUUGGUAUGAACGCUGGCAUGACAUUCAGCGGUCCUUUCGGCGGCGAUGGUGCAGAUGAUGCUCCUCCCUCGGCUCUCAGGAGCCCGCCGAACCCCGAGAGCUAUCCUGCCCAGUACAACUUCGGUCGCCGAACCUCGGUCUCUGCAGAGUCGCUGAAGCCCAGCGCUGAUAGCUACGACAACUGGUCUCCUCCAGUUCAUGAGAAGAACAAGGAGCAGCUGGAUCGUCUUACGAAGGCGAUUGGUGGCAACUUUCUGUUCAGUCACCUGGACGAGGAGCAAAGUGACCAGAUUUUGGGUGCGUUGAUCGAGAAGCCUAUUCCGGCCAAGGGUAUCAAGGUUAUUAGCCAAGGUGACGCCGGUGAUUUCUUCUACGUGGUUGAGAAGGGAUCCUUCGACAUUUACAUCAACAGCAGUGGAGCUCUGCAACCCGGCUCCGAUGGCAUGGGCCAAAAAGUCGGAACCAUCCAGGCUGGAGGCUCGUUCGGAGAACUUGCCCUCAUGUACAACGCUCCUCGUGCUGCGACAAUUGUCUCUGCCGAGUCUGGUUGCAACCUGUGGGCGCUCGACAGACUCACGUUCCGCCGCAUUCUCAUGGAAUCGACAUUUGCCCGUCGCCGGAUGUACGAGAGCUUCCUCGAGGAGGUGCCGUUGUUGCAGUCUCUCACGCCGUACGAGCGAUCCAAGAUUGCCGACGCGCUGGAGACCCAGAAGUACACCCCUGGCCAGACAAUCAUCAAGGAGGGCGACCCGGGCCACUCCUUUUACUUGCUCGAGAGUGGCGAGGCUGCUGCGUACAUCGGCGACAGCAAGGAAGCUGUCAAGCAGUACAGCAAGGGAGAUUUCUUCGGUGAACUUGCACUCUUGAACGACGCUCCUCGCGCCGCUAGUGUCGUCGCAACGACAGAUGUCAAGGUUGCAAGCCUCGGCAAGUCGGCCUUCCAGAGGCUUCUUGGCCCCGUCGAGGGCAUUCUGAGACGGACAAAGUACGAGGUGGUAAAGACGGGCGUUGAGGAAAUGGAUCCUCUACAGGCGGCUUGA